AUGCCUGACCAAAGAGCAGGGGACUACAUCCUUCGGGAGGUCCACAGUGGAAUCUGCGGUGACCACUCUGGAUCCCGAUCGCUCGCACACAAGGUCUUCCGCAGGGUAUUUCUGGCCGACUCUGCACCAGGAUGCGAACACAUUAGUCAGGAGUGUGACAAAUGCCAGCGGUUCGGUAGUGUCCCUCAUAUUCCUGCCGAGCCGCUGUCACCGAUCGUGAGCCCGUGGCCGUUCGCCCAGUGGGGACUAGAUCUAAUUGGUCCAUGCCAGAGGGCAAGGGGUCAGGUCAAAUACGCUGUUGUUGCCGUAGACUACUUCACCAAAUGGGUAGAAAGCCAAAGCCCUAGCGACAAUAACGGCAGCCAGAGUCGAAGAUUUCGUCUGGACGAACAUUUGCUGCCGAUUCGGCAUCCCCUACGCCAUCGUCACGGAUAA